UAUCUCCUUGUCAACAUAACAACAGUAGCAGACGCUCCAAAUUUGAAAUGGAUGAAAAUACUCAUAAGCGUCAUAAUGGAUCCCGAGAACCAUAAACAAGUGCAUCGGAUCGUAAUAUCAGAAGACGGCAACAUCAGUCAACGAAAAUCAGGCUUUGGGUAUUUUUCAAACAGCCCAGGUGGCGAUUAAAAACCAGCGUGGGGUUAUUUCCCAUGGAUUUCGCCGAAGGAGACAUGGGUACAGCUGGGAGCUCAAACAAGAAACUGUCCAAUAUAUCCGUUUCAGCGCCCAAAGGGGUUCCUAGUAAAAUCAAAAUCGUGAAUAUUGAUACUAGAAUCGAUAAUGAAGCAACGCAGAUCGACGAGAAUUCUCCGGCUGUUCUGAAAUACAGAACUCCGAAUUUCAGGGCAAGUGCAAGGAUUGAGAUGGCGCCACUGUCCCACACUGAGACAUGGAAGGUGGGCUGGAUCCAGGCCUGUACAGAUAUGCUCUUCCACAACCAGUACGGCCAGGAGGGACACACGAGCUGGGAGUUCCCCGAGCUGACAAGCGGCAAGCAGGUGAUGAUCAGCGACUGUGAUGGUCGACACUACCCUUGGUACGGCUCCCGCAACGAGACCGCCAUAAUCAGGGGACCCUGCAAGAGCUUCCAGACUGCCACCAUCACCAUGAAUGACAACUUCCACCCGCACGUUACGUGGCGUAAUCCUGCUAACCGGCACCAAGUGGAACCAAACCUCACGCACAUCAUGCGUGACCAGAGCUUCUACGUGUGGCUCGUAGCCUGGAACCAGACAGCCAGCAAGUCAUACAUCCUCGCCACCAUCAGAUGGGGCAUGCAGCUCGAGAUCGAUGUCCAGCCUCACAGCGAGCUGGGAAAGAGAGCUCGACUCAUAAGCAACCCCAUUGCCAAACAGCCUCAGAUCCUGGACAAGAAUGUGCCCAUCCCCCGCUGUGCACUUGUGCCCCCUAACGCCAACAGCGCGCAGAUGUUGGUCUGGCGGCCAGUACGGGGCAAGCCCGUGUGCAUCAUUCCCCCAGUCUGGUCACCAAACGACCCUGUGGUCAAGUGUGACAGCAAGCUUUAGUCAACUCUCACAUGGGUGGUCCUCAGCAAUGACCAAUCCCUCUUUUACAGACUUUAUAUUUGUGAACGAUCCAGUGUGCAUGAACUGGUUGCUUUUAUACAUUCUGCAUGAUAUUAAUAAGGUUCCUUUUGCCAUGUUAUUGAGAACAGGCUGAUUUCCAUUUUAUCUUGUGUUCAUCAGUAUCUAGGUAUUUUUAGAAAUGGAGUGUUAGUAUCAGGGACACACAGCAGGCUAAAGAAUUAAAAACACACAAUCACUAAUCCCUGACAUGGCUUCCACCAUAACUGUGGACAUAUAUAUACACGAUGGAAGAAUACUGCAGCCAUAUUUCACCUGUUACAUGUGUAACGUUUUAAGAACUUUCUACUUUCAAUUUGUAUAGGGUCUUUUCAAACAUUUUAUAGAUAUUUUUAACUUUUGAUAUGAAUGUAUAAUUCUUAAGGAUUCUUUACUAAUAUUCACAGGUUUAAUCCAUUGUUGUUUAGAAUACAGGUAGUUAGUAGGCAAGUGCAAUUUCCAUAACCUGGUCUUGGACAAGGUGCAGCAAGAUGUAAAUAUCAGUAGAAAACCACUCCUAGUCAGAAUUAAGCUGCCAAAGGUUUAUUUACAUAUUUGUUUCGUUUUGUUUACUCACCAUGUAUUUAUCAUUUUAUACAUGUAUUUGCAGUUGAAAUAAAAUCUGUUUUUUACAGUG